AUGCGUGUAGAUUUGCACGAGCUGAAGUUGUAUGUAGUCCCACUACCAAAGCACAUGACACUCCAAAUAGAUGACUUCAGCGUCAUCCCGGUGAACCAUGGUUUUGCAUACGCAGAGUUGGUUAAGGGUCAUGGGAAGGAAAGUAGUGGAAGUGUUGAGAGAGUUCAGUCACUGGCCGACAACAUCGUCCUCACACAGCCGCAGCCAGAAAAAGGAGAUACAAGAAAAGAGAAGUCCAUUGCUUGGCUAGGGGACACUCACCGUGGAGAUAGUGGAGCUCUAUCUUCGGGUUUGAAGCGGUACAAAUCGUUAUGCGGUGAUACAAGUGAAAGUAGAUCUUUAGACAUUCUGGUCGAUUCACAAGACGAGUCAGACACUGGUGGCAGCAGUAGAGGCCCGACAAUGAACUUAGUGUUAAGCAUUGGAAGAACAGAUCGGGGAACAAAUGACUUCCCAAGUCUAUUGUUCCAGCCAAGUGACAAUAUAACAACAGUUGACCUGCCAAUAACGGAUCUACCGGCUUACGUAUUUGGGCAGGAUGCAGCCCCAGUGGUAGAUGACCUCGAAUUAUAA